CUCCUCCUCGGGGUCCCGAUUCCGUGCCGCGGUGAAGGCUCGCUAGGCUCGCGCGCGGCUCUCGCACUCGCCCGCGAGACGCCGAGCGACAAGCAGCGGCAAGGUAGGAAGCAAGAGAGAGCGGCACGAAGCGGCAGCGUCCACGCAGCACGCGUCAUCGCGCGUCCCGUCGUCUCCCCUUCCGCCCUCUGGCUCGGACGAUGUAAACACGGCGGCCGCAGUUCGGCAGCAGGUGGUUGCAGGUGCAGAACGCGGUGUUACGUCGCUCACACGCUCCUACGUGGUGCGACACGUAGCACUACCAAAGGACGCCCGGUUCCCCUGGGGAAGUCGAAUUGCGUCGCGUCCGUGCCGCCGCGGCGAUCGACAGUGAUCGUGACACAGUGCAUGACAUCCGCUCGUUCCCCGCGUUCUAGAGAUCGCGACACGACAGUGCGUUAUUAUAUACCGUUCUUCAGUCUGCGGACGGUGCAGUGAUCUCUCGUGCCGGCCUGGGUCCGCGGGUUCGAUUGUGUCGGAUCGAGAGGAAGAGGGAGGUGGAACCAGAGAGACAGAGAGACAGAUAGAAAGACAGAGAAAGAGACAGAAAUAGAGAGACAACUCGCCGGUGUCGUGGGAAACGGAGCAACGCCGCGGAUUUAUCGGUAAGGAAGCGUUUCCAUCAGCGUCUCGGAACCGCGCGCGAGUGUGCUUGCGGAAAAUUACAUCACCGGUCGUGACUGAGCGGAACGCCGCUGUGCUCUUAGAGCGGCAAGAUUACAAAGUUACACGGCGAACGGUAGAGAAAGAGAGGGGAAGAGAGAGAGAAAGAGAGAGAGAGAGAGAGAGAGAGAGGCCGCUGAAUUUCUAAGACGCAGAUGCAAGAUGAAUGGCGAAUCGUGCACACCAUAGAGACGCCAGAUCGGCAUAGAAAUGGGCAACAACAGCAGCAGCUCCCAUCAAUAUUGCGCGUCCAAUGGGCCGUCGCAGGAGAUUGGACGCGGGUGGACGCAGUCGUUCCCCCGGGAGCUGGCCAGGCAUCAUCCUCAGCAGCCGGGACACAAGGUCCUGCCGGAGCCGCCCAAUCAGCGGCUGCGCGCCACCAAUAAUGGAAGCAUCAUUCACAACGGGGGAACCAUAAGCGGCCGCAGGCCGCCGGCCCUCACGCUUCCGCACGACCUUAAUAAGGGAAUAUUCCGCAGUCGUAGCACCUCGGCGUCGAACAUUGGCGCGUCGCGCGGCCGCAGGCUCGAGCAACACCGUUGCUGCCACCACCGGAACGAGUCGUGCUGCAUGGAGAACGAGAUGCAGGAGCUCAAGAGGUUCGGCAGCGAGCCCGAUCUGCGGUACUCGCCCAUGGAGCGGGAGGCGCGCUGCAACGGGAAGCAGCACGCGAUGGAGCACCGGCAUUGCGGAAGCGGGCAUUAUCCCGAGAGGGACUCCAGGGAGCGGGAGAGCCGCUACAAAGGCAAGAAGAAGUACAAGGCGCCGGCGCCGCCGUCGAGCAGCCUCGUGGACGGCUCGUCUCCGGAUUCUUAUAGUCAGGAUCGGCCAGGUGGCUGCCGCGGCGAAGAGGAGGUCCAGCCCCAGCCACCACGGCGAUCGCGGCUGUUCAAGACGCGCGCGGAGACCAAGAGGGCGCAGGUCAACUGGCUGUCCUCGUCAGCAUUGUCGUCGCAGGCGAGCGCGGAGCGCUGCGAGAACGUCCACGGUGCGGAGCGCGAUCGGCGGUGGCGGGGCGGCGAAGACGGCCGCAACGGCGCCGGCAACAAGGAGAACAGGCUGGCCUGGCGCAGCCACCAAGUCGGCCAGCAGCAGCAGCAGCAGCAGCAACAGCAUGAGCGAUGGUGCCGGGAAGAGCAGCGGCGCUCGCGGAUCCUCGACGGGAAGAACACGCUGCAGAGGAGCAUGAGUAGCCCGGAAUUCCAGGCGGAGCUGAUGCAGGUCGCCAGGAAGGUGCGCAACAAGCUCAACUGCGGCGGGAGGUCGUCCGUGGACUCGGCGAAGGUCUCCUCCCUGGAGCGCGCGGGUGACGUCGAUCGAUGCGCCAAGGAGGCGAAGGUCGAGGAGUCCAAGAGGCCGGAGAAGCGCUCGGCGAGGAACGAGGAAGGCUCCGGCGAAGAGCAGCGGGUGAUGAUCGAGGACAGGAUGAUCGUCGACGAGAGGCGCUUGAUCGAGCGCUGCGUUCGACCCGAGACGAAGCUCGGCGCUUACGACGAGCGCACGGGUAACGCGAGGAUUAGCAAGGAUUACCUGGAGGAGAGGCAAGCGGACGCGGGCUCGGGCGGUAAGAGACGACUGCUGGAGAAAUCGACGACUUUCGACGACAAAGAAGACGACGACGACGACGACGACGGGUCAUCGGCGUUGCCGCAUCAGGAAGCCCCGCGGGCUGAAGCUGCGCGCAAGGGCGCCAAGGAUCGCCCGGACGCGGUGGGGCAUCCCGCAGGUGCAGGCGGCGAGAGGUCCUUCCCAUCGGAGAAAGAGCGGCGGGAGCUGAUGGAGGACUACCAGCGGGCGAAGAGCGUGGCGAAGACUCGGAAGUACGAGCAGACGACGGAUACGGGAAGGAGCCGAUCGGAGAGCCCGGCGAUCAAGACCUGCGGCAGGGAGCGGGUAUCCUCGUCGGAUCCUCGCGGCCAAGGUUCCGGUAGGGAGAGCACGCCCGAGCGUACGGAGGCCAAAGAGAGAGAAAAGGAGAAUUCAGAUCGUAGAUGGCGGAAGAGCGACGCUAGGAAUACUGAUGGCGCGGCGGACGAGAGGAGGUGGGCCGAACCAGUUCCCGCGACGGAGAAGAGGGACGCGAGCUCCAAAGAGAAGCUCGCGAGGAAGGCUGAAGCCAAGGAAGCGCGCGAGAAAAAUUGGCACGUAUUGCAGUCGCCGGAGAAGUCCGCGCCGAAGACCUUCUACUUCGGCAUGGACGACGCGCUGACGAACGAGCCGCGGAACUGCGUGGACCAGCAGAUGGAACAGCUCCAGGCGAGGUUGCACGCCAGGGAAGUCAACGGUUCGGCCGAGUGCAUGCUCGAUUACACGGACGAUGGGAAAAGCGGCAUAGAGGAUAUCUCAUUGAAAUUGCGGCCCACGCUGCCGAAGAAGCAGCUGGAGAUCCCGCGAUUUUCACCGUCGGCGGCGUGGAGAUUGUUGUCGGCGCUGGAGGCACCUGGACCAACCAUGAGUACAGCGAGCGAGGAAAUUCCGGUGAUGUUCGAGGAGCGCAUCGAACGUCUGUCGAGACCACCUCCGCCGCUGAUCGCUCUCGGCCCGCGGAGCUCGCACGACAAGUCAGGCGACUCCGGGAUAUCCGGUGAUGCCGGUGCGGCCAAUGACGACUCUCUGGACGUCAGCACCACCAACCGACUGAAGACACCGGCGACGAGGCCGACGUGGACUCCGCAGCAGGAUCUGGGCGAGGAGUCAAGCAGCGACGCCGGGGUGGACUCGCCGCCACCCAUGCCGACCCCGGUGAAAUUCCCACCCAGGGCGCACGUGUUCUCGCUGUCAUUGCCGCGCGAUGACAAUCGCAUGUACCUGUACAACCCGGACGUGAAGGGUAAGGAGGGCUCGACGUUCAACUCGCUGCAGAAGCUGAAGAGAUCGGUGUCGGGCGCCCUGGGCCUCGGGCCGCUCGAUCUUGAGAGGAAACGUACGCGCGACGUCCUCGAUGACAACUGGCUGUUGUCGACGAGUGCUCCGACGUCGCUGCAGCACACUCAGAUCACGGACGGAACGCGAUCCUCACCACCCGGCUGGAAGCCCAGCUUCGACGACGAAGAUGAGGACGUCGACGAGCUGGACGAGGUGGACCUGGAGGACCGCGGUGACUUCCCCGUGAUCAUGAAGCCACCCUCCUUCUCGUAUCUGGCUUCUGGUGGUCAUGUCAUGUACCUGCCCGAGUCCAACGACUCGCAAUACCAGUCGCAGAGUUUGAACUGCAGGACCAACAUGAUGGCGGACAACGAGAAGAACUCCGGUAACAACUGUGGCCCAAAGUAUCGCAAGAAUGGCGUGGAGGAAUUGAGCAAACCCGUUAAGGACGCGGAGAGGACGAACAAAUACUCCAAAGAUUCGAGCGUGCUGAAGGACAAGUCGUUCGCGAGUGACGGCAAGAUGAGCAACAAGUUCUCCAAGUCCUGCGAAAACAUCUCCUCGGAGAUGAAGCAGCGGAGCAGCUCGCCGCCCAGCGGCGGCCAGCAGAACCUGCAGGACGACAAGGAGAUCUCGCCGGAGGUGAAGCUGCCGUUGAAGAUCAACUCGAAGGGUCGCAGGUUCACGUUCCAGAGCACCGUGAGGCAGAUCGAGAGGCGCAGAUUAGCGGAGAAGCUAUCGCGCGAAGCCGAAGCCAAGGAGAGGCAGAGGAAGGGCGAGCUGGAGGCGAUGCGUAAAGUGGAGGAGGAGUUCCAGCGGAAACGAGCCAGGGAGAAGGCGAACAUCAGGCAGCAGCUUCGCUUGUACAGCAUGGACGAGAACCUGAGCAGCCUGCCCACUGUAUGGGACAGCUCGCAAUUGUCUCGCGCGGAUCCCGAUGGCGCGCCUUCGUCGUCCGCGUCGUCACCGACGUCGGUACCACCGGCGAAACUGACCACCAUACGGAAGAGCAGCGUCAGCAGCGACGAAUACCUACGCAAAAGAGCCCCAAGCGCGGAUUCUAGGCAGCAUCAUCAGCAUCAUCAUCACCAUCAGCAGCAGCAGCAGCAGCAACAGCAUCAACCGCAGCAGAGGGAAUACAAAGAUUAUCGGCCAAAGUAUUACGACUGGGCGCCGGAGUCGUCGUCGCACCUGGAAUACAAGCAGACCACGGUGCAUCCCAAGGUGGUCUGCGACAUCCCAAAGAGCUCACCUGUCUUCGUGGAUGCGAACGCCGGCAAAGCUGCGAAUCUGAGCUCCACGCCCAGGUCCGAUAAUUACAGGAAAGAUUUUGCUCACGGGGCCGUGGCGGCGAGAUCCUCCUUAGCGAGCAGCGACAGCGAGCUAUCGCAACCGAACACGAGACCGCAUUCCAGGCAGGCCGGCGGCAAGAGCAAGCCCCUACGCUCUAGGUCGGCUAGCCCAGAGCGCAGCGAGGAGGCCGCCAGCUCGGAGGACGAGAGCCCGGUGGAGCCAGUCAAGCAGGAGCGAAGCCCUAUGAACGGCUUCGUAUUGAACGCGGUGCAGCCCUUCGUGAGGGAGAAGAGCUAUCGACCCAUUUCCUUCAACCCGCAGCCACCUCCACCUAUACCGAGUUAGAGGCCGCUCGUUGGAUCGCCUGAAAGACGACAAGCUACUCUGCGGAUUCUCCGGCCAAUUCCUCCGCGGAGAUUCGACUCUCCUCUUUCGUGUGUAUGCGAAAUAUCGGAUUCGAGGAGAGUAAGAAGAGAAGAAGGAGGAGGAGGAGGAGGGUGUGUGUACGUGUGGGCGUGUGUGUAUGUGUGUGUGUGUGUGUAUGUAUGUGUAUGUAUAUGUGUGCGCUCGCUCUGGCUCCUUGUGGACCCCUUCGGCGCGUAUCCCGUAUAUAGAUUUAUCUGAACCAAAAAGAUCGUUCGAAAACGUUCGUGGAACAUCGAGUACGUCGAGAGCGUACAAACCUGCCGAGUUUCGCAUCGAGGAGAUAUUUCGCGCGAGAGAAAUUUCUUCGGCAGCGAACGAUCCCAGUAAACAAGAAACGUCAGAUUAGUAGUAGCGUACCUUGGGAUACCGAUUUCGCGUGUCUCUCUCUCGAGAAUGUCUUCGCGUGAUACUUGACAUAUCUUUCGUAAGUAUCACACGUAAAGAUAACACGAUCCGUCGGAAUAUUGCGAAACUAUUUUGGAGACAUCGGCACAUCUGGCCGAGCUGGCGAUCGUAAUGCCGUCGGUGCCGACGUUGAAAAGCGCACAUCAGGUAACGUCACACGUCGCGCGCGAUAACGUUUCGUCAAUGAUUUUUUGCUCACUGGGAUUUCGUCAGCGGGGGAAUAGUUUUCUCCGCAACGCGACGUGGAAAGUACUCCUCGGGUUUCCUCGACGUUUUCCCGCGCGCGCGCGCGUGUACAUAAUGGAUCGUCGCGGGAGGUGGCGCGCGACGUAGUAAUCGUUCUUCACGCAACAUUAUGUACGUGGAACUAAUGUCAAGUAAUACUCUGUAUGGUGUGUAACAAGUAACACGAUCUAACUCCUAACCAAAUGUGUUCCGUACGACUCUCGGUCUACGUCCAUCCAUUACUAUUUAUGUGUUUGCCGUAUAAGCAUUAACAAAGACGAGGAAGAAGAAGGAAAAAAAAAAAGAGGAAGAUGGAAAAGAGAAAAAAACAAGAGUGGAAUCAAAGAUCACAAGCUUGUGUGCGCACGCGUGCGUGCGUGCGAUGUUGUUUUGUAACCAGUUUUAUGAAACCACGUCGACGGAGAGAACCAGUAAUACCGGGUACAUUACUCAACAGGUUUAGGGCAGUAUUUUGUAAUUAUGUACAGAUAACACGAUUGCGCGGGCGAAACCGCGCGCUAUUUGCUCAUGUAAUGUAAUCAAACAAAGGAUAACGUUGUUAAUUAG